AUGGCACUGACAGGUGUCAGGGCGCUGUUGAUCGAGAAAAGAACGUCGGGAACACAUAUCGGCCGUGCGGAUGGUCUCGAAAGUCGCACUCUGGAGAUCCUGGACAGCUUUGGGAUAGGCCAGCAGAUAUGGAGUGAGGCCAACCGCACCGUCGAAAUUUGUCUUUGGGACGACAGCAAAGACGGCCUCCUUCGACGACAAAAGACCUCCGCGAAUACAGAACCAGGGCAUUCUAGGUUUCAAGAAUGCACUCUGAGCCAGGGCAGAGUUGAGGAGCAUUUACAGAAAUUAAUCGAGAAGCAUAAGAAUGUCGAGAUUCGACGAGGAACAGUUCCCACUUCUCUCGAAAUUGACUAUGCUCUCCUUGAUGAUGCUACUGCAUACCCCAUUCGAAUGCGCCUGGGGGACGCUCUUGUAGGAUCAUGCAGUGUUCACAAGCCCACAACCCUGGAGGAAAAUGUCACAUGUUCAGAGUGCCAUUAUGAGGAGGUAGCAGCCAGAUACGUUGUCGGGUGUGAUGGAGCCCACAGCUGGGUGAGGGCACAACUUGGACUUCGCCCCGAAGGCAACUCUCUCAAUGAGCAGUGGGGGGUUCUUGAUAUUGUACCCAUAACCAACUUCCCUGACAUCCGCAAACGAAACGUGGUCAAAACCAGGUGGGGGAACCUUAUGAUCAUUCCGCGUGAGAGAAGCAUGGUGCGGGUGUAUGUCCAAGUGUCCCCCACCACUGCCGCAGAGUACAAAGACCGUGAGGAUUAUGAAUUACUCAUAGACACUAUUCAGACCAUCAUGCGGCCCUAUUCCUUUGGUUAUUCACAUGUCGAAUGGUCUGCUGUAUACAAUGUUGGCCAAUGGAUCUGUCCUCAGUUUUCCCGCGCCAACCGCGUCUUCCUCACUGGCGACGCCGUGCAUGCGCAUUCCCCUAAGGCAGGCCAGGGUAUGAAUGUUAGCAUCCAAGAUGCCUACAAUCUCGGAUGGAAGCUUGCAUCCGUGGUGCUUAGCGCCCUACCCCCGAGGAUGCUACACACAUACGGAGAGGAGAGGCUCAUGGUGGCAGAAAGACUGAUCACUUUCGAUAAACGCAUCUGCCGAUGUAUGUGUGGAGUGCAGCCAGGGACCAACUCAUACGGCUCGUUUGACAAUGACCAUAAAAACGCUCUUAAGGAGGAAAAUUCCUCGGCAUCAGGGAUAGCAGUCACUUAUGCACCUAACGCAUUGAUUAGCUCAACGGAGCCACAGUGCUGUCUUGACAGGGUUGGAUCGGCGCUGCCAUAUUUCAGCAAGCCGCGUCUGGCAAGGAAUAUCAAGAUCGGUGCUAGGAUGCCCAGCGAAAUCGUGGUCAGCCAGAGUGAUGCUCAGCCGUGGCAAGUUCAAGGUCUCCUGAAGAGCACAGGGGAAUGGAACCUGAUUGUCUUUGGCGGCGAUAUCUUACAGGAGGCUCAAAGAAGACGAAUCAAUGCACUGGCGACUGCACUCUCAUGUGACGGCUCAUACAUGCGCAGAUUAAAUGAAAGACGCCAUGAGGGAUAUGUUGUUGGCACUAUCGCCAUCUACCUGAUUCAUUCCGCGAGUAGACUGGAUGUUGAGUUAUUAGAUUUGCCAGAAAUCUUCAGGCCAUUCAAUGAUAGGCAUGAGGUGGACUAUGGACGUGUUUAUGCGGACGAGAAGUCGUAUCACUCCGGCGGGGGCAAUGCAUAUUCAUCCUAUGGUAUCGCACCGGAAGGCUGUAUGAUUCUCCUGAGACCGGACCAGCACAUAUCCUUUAUUGGAGAUUUGGAAGAUGUUGGCAGUCUCUCUAGAUUCGUUGCUUCUUUUACAUGA